GCUUGAAACUUGGUAAAAACCGGCGAAAGAAAUCGAUGCACUAAUGAACGAGUACAAAUUCAAACACAAAGUAAUUUUCAAGAGUACGCUGCGCAGACAUUUUAUAUGAGCAGAAGAUGGCAAAAAUUACAAAAGCACAACUACAACAACUCAACAACAAAAUACAGCAGAAAAAAGUCAAAAGAAAGGAGUUUGUAAGCUGCGAACUUGAGCGAAACAAAGCCAUGAAACAACAAAAACAAGUGUAUAAAAAAUGAUGCAUACAAAGCGCAAAGACUUUAGUGCUGCCACACAAGUGGAUGUUAAGUUAUUGCGCUAUAAGCUUUGCAUAUUUAAAACUGUACACGAGAGUGGCAACUCGUUGAUCUUCAACUUCGUCUGCUGUCGCGCAGUUUAAAGUAAAUAAACAAAAAUACAAAACCAAACAGCUGAAAAUCAAAAGCAAAUGAGCAGCAGUUUCAAAGUCAAGAAGAGCAAAGAGCGCAGCAAAAUGAGAGACACUGCACAGCUGUCAGCUACAGAUUGCGGAGAAGAGAUACGAGUACGUGGAACUUUCACAGCUGAACUAGUCGAUAAGAGAAAAACUAAAUAAAUAUAGUGAAUUAUUAAUUAAAUAAUAACAUAAUCAAUAAUUAGUGCGGUUUGAAAGAUUCACUAUACUCGUACAUAACUUUUAUGCUGUUAAACCCACAUAUUUCCAUGAAAGAAUCUCGUUUUGAAGUCUGAGUAAGAUUUGUAAUCAAGGAAGACCGACAAAUUUAUGCUAAAACAAGACGAGAUAAAGAAACAACAACUACAAUAAUAAAUAGAAAAGAGUGCUCGAAACAACGAAAGAGUGGCCAUCAUCAGCAGCUGGAGCAAAGUGCAGGAAGCCAAACUUGUAAACGUAAAAUCCAGACAAUAUAUUUGUAAGAAUAAUUAAAAAAAGUUAACCACUGAAUAAAAAUGGCACCUACACGACGACCUAGCGAUGGUUUGCUGGCUCGAGUAAAUUUUCCGCUAUAUGCAGUUGAAAUGCUAACCAGUCGACAUGUACUUGUGGCAGGAGGUGGUGGCUCAGCUAAAACAGGUGUAGCGAAUGGCUUUGAAAUCUACGAGAUCUAUCACAACGGCACACACUUCUGCGCGGAAGAGGUUGUGCGACAUGAGACAGGCGCCAAUGUUGUUAUGAAUUUUGCUGUGCGUAACGAUGGACGACGUUCAUACCUGUGCGCCGGACAAGAAUCACACUGUCAAUUAUAUUUUGUUAAUCCACGUAUAGUUUAUGAGGGUCAAGAGGAAGCGACAACAGAUGCAGACGAAAGGCGACCAAGAAGUAAUAGCACAGCGGAACAUGGUAAUGAAAAUGGUGUACGUAGGCGUGUAGCACAGGCAUCUGGCGUGCAGGAUCUACCAAACGGACAUGCUACAGGUGCUAGCAAGAAGACGGGCGAUCAAAAUGCCAACCUGAAACGUAUACGGUUUGAUAUUAAAGCAGCUGAUUCAGUGCAAACAGAUUUUCUGACAACUGAACCGCUGCAGCGGGUUGUACGCGUUAGUCCGAAUGGCCGUUUAAUGGCAACUGGCGGCACGGAUGGUCACUUGCGUGUUUGGACAUUUCCACAAAUGGUGCAGCGCAGCGACAUAGCGUCGCACAACAAGGAAAUUGAUGAUAUUGAUUUUAGUCCGGACUCUAAGUAUAUUGUAACUAUUUCAAAAGAUGGUCAGGGUUUAGUGUGGGACUUGGCGACUAUGAAGCAACAUCACCAACUGAAAUGGACUACACCUGAGGGUACCAAGUACCUUUACAAACGCUGUCGAUACGGUACCAUUGAGGCGCAACGCGACAAAUAUCGACUUUUCACAAUUACGAACCCGCUGGGUAAGGUGGGAAAGCAGCGUGGUUUUCUACAGCAAUGGGAUUGCAUUAGUGGGCAGCUAAGGAGUGCUGUGCAAGUUAACGAAAGUUUAGCGUCAUUGGCUGUGCGUGACGAUGGUCGCUUUGUAGCUGUGGGCACUAUGUUUUCGGGUAGUGUUUCCAUUUAUAUUGCCUUUAGUUUACAGCGUGUUCUGCACAUACCGAACGCACAUUCGAUGUUCGUCACUGGUUUACAAUUCUUACCGAUUACAAACGAAGAAGGACCGCCAAUUUCAAGCGAUACUGAGGCGGCGGUUCUUUCAAUUUCCGUAGACAAUAAAGUAUGCAUUCACAGUUUGCAGCAGCGACGCACAAUACCCGCUUGGGUGGCAAUAUUACUCAUUAUUGUCGUGCUGUUCGUCGCUUUUGCAUUGUGCUCAUAUAUAGGCAUUUAAAUGUAUACGAGUGUGUGGCAUUUAAUUAAGUGAAAUAAUUAUAGCAUUACGUGGAAGUUAAAUAAUUCGUUAACUAAAAACAAUAAGUCGGCAAAUCGAUACUAAAUAAUAAGUGCUUACAGUCCAGUAUAAGCAGCAGAAAAUAAAACACAAUAGCGUAUACUCUUUCAAAUGAA